AUGGCUGGUAAUACCAAGCAGCAACUAACCGUCGACUCUUUCGUCUUCGUCUCAUAUGAUGGAGUCAACCCUCCAAGGGACGCCAAAACACGGCGCCGUAUCAAACAACAGGCGAUGAAGAAGGCGGCGGUUGCGAGAAAGGAGACAGGCUGUUACGGAAAACAAAAUCUACGACAAUUGCCAGUUUUUGUGUCAAACGACGAUCAUUUUGACGCGAAACCACCAGUCUGCAUUCACAAAGAUACAGGGUGGCAGUACGACCAUCUAUCCCCAGGGGAAAUUGUCCCUGCCAACACAUAUACUCGGCAUCAAAUCUCCUUAACUUCAUUACGCCUCGGUGCUUGCGCCCCUAAAAAUUUUGACCUACUGUUCAAGGUAAUGCCCUUGAUGGGCCUUCGCCUUGGUGUUGCCUCAUUACCGGACUUUAUACACGACCAUCCCUGCACAACUGCCCUUUCGUGGAUGAGCAAAUUCGGUGGCCGGAAGUUUUUGUCGUUUAUUCCCAGCCGGUAUGAUCAGGUACCGUCGCUUCGCUACGCUACCGACUGCAUUAUUGCAAAGUUUGAACAGAUCAUGUUGCCUGUCGAGCGGAGAACUGUCCAGGGCAACAUUAACGUCUUGCUUCAAUAUCAAAGAGCAUUGAGAGAACUCCAGAGGGAGUUGAACAGUGAGCUCAGUUGGAUAUCGGCCGAGACGCUAUGUGCUACGCAGCUGCUAGGGGUAUUCGAGGUAUGUUAUGCGCACGACAACAGCUACGUUUUCUAA